CCCCCACUGGAGGAGACCCAGUUCAGUUCCUGGAAAGCGUUCGAGUUGUACAUCAAUGAGUAUCAGUCUCGGUCCUAUCAAGCAAGUUCUUGCAUUGUAUCUACAAUAUAUGAAAGCGAUGAUCUAACUCCGAUAUGUGCCAAGUCCAAAACCGGGUCUGGUACACCCAUACCUGACAGUUUUGGCUUCUACGCGAAGACUCUUGUCUGUACACACAGUGGUGAGUUCAAGUCUCGCGGACAAGGAAAGCGACUACGGCAGGAAUCAAGGCAGACGGGAUGCACAGCACAGGUAAUGGUUGUAAUU